UUUUUUUUAUUUUUUUUUAUUUUUUAUUUUUCCUUAUAGGUAGGAUUCUGAGUAAAUUCAGCGUGGUUUCCUGUGAUUUCUGAAAAUGUAUCCAUGGUCUCCAAUCCGAUCGUUAGGAACAGGAUGCUGCUGCUAAAUCAUCUUCGUUAUAGGCUUGGUGUAAUUUUUCUUAGGUUAUGACAUGCCCAACAAGCACCUGCCCUCCCAUUUGAAGGUUGGCCAAAACUAACAACCAAAUGUCUGGGGUGUGACUUUUCGAGGCAUAGAAACACACCUUGGUAGGCAUUGGUCAGAACAAACAUCUGUUUAAUGACGUUAACAUUGACCACGUCGCAUACUUUUUUAAUAGCGCACAAGACAACCCACCAGCUCGUUGCUCUUCAGUGCACUUGUAGCUAAUUGUUCUAAAAGAUAGGAAUUUAAGGUGGCUUUUUAAAAAUAUUUUUAAUAUCUUCACCUAAGGAAGCGCAAAUGAGACGUCAUAAGAGGAGGAUGGCAGUGAUCUCUUGUUGACGUGAAGUAAGUGAACAUUUGAUAGGAAGUUUUUGGGGGAAACGUGUGUGAUAUAUUUUACGAUUAAAUAGCAUAAAAUGUUGAUUAUGCUGCUGGUUAUAUUUAAAAUUAUGUUUUGGACUUGUGCUCCUUUUCACUAAUGUCCUCAAAUUGCCGCCUCAUUAAAACGUCUUAGGCCCUAGUUGUUUCCAGUUAGCUACUUUUAAGUGGACUAUAUUCGUGAGUUGCUCUCCCUGAAAUUGAAAUGUCAUAAACAUCCCGACAUGUAUCCUGAUCACAUGACCACCUAAUUAACAUACGGUCAUGCCAUGCACCUGUCAUGCUCCGUUUGACUGCUAAGGCAGAGAGAAUUAGAGAUUGUUUGUCUUUAUGUUUGAAAAGCGCAGGUUUCCUAAAAUGCUUUCCAUGGAAGACCCAUCUUUCAAAUGGACCCUAACCAGGCCCUCUGUUGAGGACAACAAUGUCCCCCUGAAGUCAUGGGAUGGCAACAGUGACUCAAGGAGAAGCAGUGGCUCUUGUCAUGUUCAGGAGCUUUUUCAUGAAAAUGCCCAGGUGUCUCAGAGUCAUACACAGCCAUGGUGGAAAGUGACACUGUUUGUCUGGGAGCCUGUGCUCUUUGGCACAUGGGAUGGUGUUUUCACCACCUGUAUGAUAAACAUCUUUGGUGUAGUUCUCUUCCUUCGAACAGGAUGGCUGGUGGGCAACGCUGGUGUAUUGCUAGGCAUGCUGCUGGUGUCUUUGGUGGUGCUGGUGGCCCUGGUGACUGUGAUGUCAGGGCUUGGGGUGUGCGAGCGCUGCAGGGUGGGGGGUGGGGGAGUGUACUCCAUGAUCUCCACUGUACUGGGACGGCGAGUGGGAGGGACCGUUGGCCUUCUCUACGUGUUUGGCCAGUGUGUGGCUGGAGCUAUGUACGUCACAGGCUUUGCUGAGUCCAUAGCAGAGGUCCUGGCCCUGCAGAGCGUGUGGCUGGUGCGGGGGAUCUCUGUGGCUGUGCUGCUGGGUCUGCUCUGCAUCAACCUCGCCGGAGUCAAGUGGAUCAUCCGACUACAGCUGGUGCUGCUGGGAAUACUUGCAGUAUCCACUCUGGACUUUGUUAUUGGAACUUUCUCCCACUUGGAUCCAGAGCAUGGGUUUGUUGGAUACUCAGGAAAAUUGCUGCACAAAAAUCUGCUGCCGGACUACACAUCUGGAGAGACCUUCUUCACUGUGUUUGGGGUGUUCUUCCCAGCAGCCACAGGUGUCAUGGCGGGCUUUAACAUGAGCUCCGAUCUUCAGCGACCCGAGCAGAACAUCCCUGUGGGAACACUGUCCGCCAUCUGUACUUCGUGGUUCCUGUAUCUGGUCUUUGUCUUCCUGCUGGGAGCCAUCUGCACCAGAGAAGCCCUGCACAAUGACUUCUUGAUAGCUGAAAAGGUCUCCUUGGUGGGCUUCCUGUUUCUGCUGGGACUCUACAUCUCCUCCCUGGCCUCAUGCAUGGGCGGCCUGUACGGAGCACCCAGGAUCCUUCAGUGCAUCGCUCAGGAGAAAGUCAUCCCAGCCCUGGGCAUUUUCGCACAUGGGAAAGGUGCCAACAAGACUCCAGUGGCGGCCAUCUGUUUAACCAGCCUGCUCUCUAUGGCGUUCAUCUUCAUAGGCCAGGUCAACACUCUGGCCCCUAUCGUCACCAUCAACUUCAUGCUGACCUACAGCAUCAUUGACUACUCCUAUUUUUGUGUGGCCAUGAGCUACAACCUCCAGGUCAAGAGGACGAGGCCCCUGACCCAGAAACACAGCAGAGGGAAGCCCCUUAUGGCAACCACUCACCCAGGCUAUGGAAGCGACCGCUCCAUCGCAAAAGCGAGCAACGGCACGCUGCUGGAGUUCACCAAGGACAUGGACCAGAUAUUUCCACUGCCCAGCGCUGAUUUGGCCGAAGGGGGGAGAGCCUCCGCGCCAGGCCCCAGGUCCAGGGACAAGAGGUCAAAGGUGCCUGCCAAGGAAACGCUGAUGGACAGUUUUGGGGUGGACCUGGACGGCACAACCACCGCCCUUAAAGACAAAGAGGAGAGAGAUCCAACGCAACAGAGAGUUCUGCCCAAAAAAGAUGCCACCCAGCUGCCAAAUCAUGACAAAUUGCAUGAGACGCCAAAUAACCUGGUGGAAAAGGAUACAGUCUGUUCACCCGAAGACCAAUAUGGAAAUACUGAGUCUGAGAACAAACCCAAACUGGAGGAGCCUGAGAUAAGACCAAUGCCAGAUUCAUGCUACGCUGUAUUUUGCAACCACUGGGUUGCAUUAAUGGGAGCGGUUUGUUCCAUUAUGAUCAUGUUUGUAAUUCAGUGGAUCUAUGCCCUGCUGAAUAUUUUACUUACUCUAAUACUCUACCUCUACAUUGGAAAAGUAAGCCCGGGUUUGCCAAUAGGUGCUGCUGCUCGCUUCAGUUUGUUCAAAUGGAUCAGGUCUUCACUGAGGAGCAUAUGGAGGAGAGGACAGAGACCUCAGGACCAGAUUGUCGUGACACCCUCUUUAUCAGCCAUUGGCAUGGAAACCAGGCAGCUGACAGAAGAAAAUGCCGACUUUGCCUCCCGUGGUCGUUACCACCACUCCUCCUUUAUCACCAGCUCUGAUAAAACAGUGCGUUCGCAGCUGAAUUGACUUUACCCCAUCCUCAGGCUUGAGACGGGUGGAAUCAUAUCAGAGGUUUUAUUAAAAGCUUGGUCAUGAUCUC